AAGAUGUUCUGCCCCUCUUCUGUUUUCUUUAAAAAGACCUAAAGUGCCAAUGACUGCAUUUCAUCAGACCAGCAUCUGUGCAAAGCUUACAAAAAUGAAAUCUUUGGCUCUGGUUUUGGUAUUUUGUGCCUUUGUCACUUUAAGUGAUUCUGCCUGCUUCAUGACACUUCUAAAGCGAGGGGCAAGAUUUUGUGUCGAUGGCUAUGAUAACUCCAGGCAUCCAAUGGGAAGUACUUGGACAAACAGCAAAUGUAUCAGAUGUACCUGCUCCCCUGGGCAAAUGGGAUGCUGUGACGCGUUGGGCCGAGUGACUAGCCUAUCUCAAGGCUGCAUUGUGAAGUAUGAUUACAAAAAAUGCACAUUUGACGUGUUUAAUCCAACUAACCCCAACAUUAAGUGUUCUUAUGGCCGUGUUGGAAAAUAAUUUUCAAUGAUCGAGUAAUGUGUCCUUUUUGGAUUAAAAUGAAUACCAAUCAAUUUUUGGAUCCAACUUGGAAAAAAAAACAUAUGUUGCCCAUUUUACUCAAUAAAAUUGAGGCAACUCCUUGAUCAG